UCGGGAAAACCGGUCAAGGUUAGACUCGUUUCGUUUCAUUCGGCUCGUGUUUGUAACGGUUUCAAUCCAGUCUCAUCCGCGAAAUUCGCAAUGAAUUCCAGUGGAGAUUUCGAUGUGUUAGAAACACCCAUUAAAAGUGAAAGCGACAAGAAGAUAUACAAAGUGAUCAAAUUAAAAAACGAAUUAGUGGCUUGCAUAAUAUCCGAUCCAAGCAGCAACUCGCCUCAGGGAACCAACAACGCACCUCAAAAUGACAACAACGGACCUGAAGACAUAAACCAGAAUAAAGACGAGAAGAAAGCGGCAGCAAUGCUCAGCAUAAACGUAGGCAGCUUCAGCGAUCCCGAAGAAGUCCAAGGACUGGCCCAUUUCUUAGAGCACAUGGUCUUCAUGGGCAGCGAGAAGUACCCCACCGAGAACGACUUCAGCUCGUUCGUGUCGAAGCGCGGCGGCAGCUACAACGCCUUCACCGAGUCGGAGCGCACCUGCUUCUACUUCGACUGCCUGGAGAAGCACCUGAAGGAGACCCUCGACCGGUUCGCGCAGUUCUUCAUCGGCCCGCUGCUCCUGAAGGACUCGAUGACGCGCGAAAGGGAGGCCGUCGACUCGGAGUUCCAGAUGGCCUCGGUGUGCGACUACGUCCGCAAGAACCAGAUAAUCCUCGGCCUCGCCGAGGAAGGCUCGCCGGUCAGGAAAUUCGCCUGCGGGAAUCUCAAGACGCUGAAAAGCGGCGUGGGCGACGACGAGCUGCGCGAGAUCACCGAACGGUUCAGGGCGAGGCAUUACUCGUCUAACAGGAUGGCUUUUGCUAUACAAUCGCGGUUGACUGUCGAGGAAUUGCAGGAGUUGAUCGUUGAAAUCUUCACCGCCGUGCCGAACAACGGCCUGCCCAAGCUCGAUUUUGAAUGUUCCGGGGACGUGUUCGACACUCCCGCCUUCAACAGAAUCUACUACAUGAAGCCCAUCGACGAGCAGAUCGAGCUGUGCUUGACUUGGAGAAUACCGAAUCUCUACGAGAAGUACAAAACUAAAACGCAAUAUUAUUUCCAGUAUAUAUUAGGCGAUGAAGGCACGGGUAGCCUGUUGAGCUACUUGAAGAAACGCGUUUGGGCCACUUCUUUGUACUCCUUCGGCGAAGACAACUCGAUUUACACCUCGCUAGGCGUUAUAGUCCAACUAACAGAGGAAGGCUGCAGGCACGUGUUCGAUAUAAUCGAAGCGAUUUUUUCGUACGCGAAGCUCGUAAGAGACGCCGGACCCGUGGAGUACAUCCACGAAGAUAUAAAGACGGUGCGGGACGCGUCGUUUCGAUUCUCUUGCGAAGAAUCAUCGUUAAAUACGGUGCUCGAGUUGGAGGAAGCGAUGCAUCGAUACCCGCCCGAGCUGUUCCUCACCGGCUCGAAAAUCCACUACGAUUUCGAUCCCGACGAAAUCGCUUCGGUGAGCGAACGCCUAACCGUCGAUUACGCCAACAUAUUCAUAACCAACAAACACCUGCCCGAUGGUUUGCAGUUCGAUAAGACGGAGAAGUGGUGUCGCACCGAAUACACCGACGUGCCUAUACCCGAAGACCUCAUCGACAAAUGCCGAGCGAUCGAGCCCUUCGAGGAGUUCUCCAUUCCCCCGUCGAACCCCUACAUCGUCCACAACUUCGCGAUAGUACCGGAGGAGCCCGACCAUCCCGAGUACCCGCGGCGGAUCGUCGGCGACGACAGGCUGGAAUUGUGGUACAGGAGAGAUCAAAAAUUCAAGCUGCCCUUCGCUUACUACAACAUCUCCAUGCGAUCUUCGUAUUUCGCCGAAUCGGCCAAGAACGCGGUGUUGGGCGAGCUGUUCACCGAUCUGCUGAGCUACUAUCUGAACGAGGAAACCUACCAGGCCAGGCAGGCCGAGCUGAGCCAAACCGUUUACUUCGACGAUGCUUCGAUCACCGUCACGGUGGAGGGAUUCAACGAGAAACUGCCCGUGCUAAUCGACGUCAUAACGAAGUAUUUCAGCGAAAUACGCAGCUAUAUCAGCGAGAAGACGUUUUCGGAGUUGAAGGAGGAGAUGAUGAAGACGGAAUACAACGCUUUCAAGUCACCAGCCGGUUUAAACGCCGUGGUUUUCCGUAAAAUUUACAACAAAACCUACUGGACUUGCUUGGAUAAAUACAACGAAUUACUAAACAUCAAUUACGAAGACCUCUUGAACUUCAUCGAUACCUUCAAAGAGGAAUUAUAUUUGAAGGUUCUGAUACAAGGAAACGUGCUACCGGAGGUAGCGAUCGAUACGGUGAACGCCCUAGCAGAAUCGCUCCGAUUCGAUCCUUUACCGGACGCCAAACUACCCAGCACCAUCGUCAACAAACUCCCCAUUGGAGAAAAAUGCGUUCUGCUCGAAUCCUUCGACAAAUCCAACCCGAACUCCGACAUCCAAAACUACUACCAAGUCGGCGAGUACCGGCUCAAAGACAGCGUCAUCUUGGACCUGAUCAUGAUGGUGCUCGAAGAGCCGGCCUUCGACGCUCUGCGCACCAAAGAGCAGCUCGGUUACAGCGUCUACUGCGGCUCCAGCACCAUGGACGGGAUCCUGGUGUUCUUCGUGUCGGUCACCACGCAGGCGCACAAGUUCACCACCGAGCACGUCGACGAGAGGAUCGAGGCCUUCAUCAGAGGCUCCCAGUCGAUCCUGGAGGGGACCAGUGAGGAGGAGUUCCGGCGUGUCAGGGAGGAUUACGUGAAGACGAAGGAGUGCGUGGACGUGCACCUGGCGCACGAGGUGUGGAGGAACUGGGACGAAAUCGACGAGAGCGACUACGUGUUCGACAGGCAGAAGCGGGAGAUUCGAGCCGCUGAAGAGGUGACUUGGGAGGAGGUGAAGCGAUGGUGGCGUAGGCACAACCAUUUCGGGGAUAAGGAGAAUUUCCGGAAGGUGUCGGUGCAGGUUAGGGGGCACGUGCAGGACGAGGAAGGGAAGACAACGGUUGUUGAUGAGUUGUAUGGGAAACCGGUUUCGUUGGUUUGCUUGAGUGGUAAAGAGCGCGAGGGUGUUGAAUAUUUCGUUCGAAAUAUCGAUGAAUUUAAGGAACGCUUGGAGAAUUACCCGCCUAAAGUAAUGAAAAAAUGCAUUUAAAUUAUGCAUAAUGUUGUAACUAUUAUUUUAUAACACGCGCUAAGUACACAGUAUUUUUACUCAAAUUUUAUUAUAAAAACGAUUAUUUCUGUGAUAUAUUACUGUUAUUUUUAGAACACAAUAUUUUUAUAAGUAUUAUUUAUAACGCUUGAAGUGCUGUGACAAAUUGUUGAAAAAAUUAUCGUGAAUUUGUACAAGUUUUAUGUGUGAAAAGUCUUGUGAUUU